UCUCUUCCUCCUUCUCCACGCCCAUUUCUCACAAACUCCACCGCCAUUAGAGCAGCAGCAGAAAAUUCUCAAGAAAAAAGAGAGAAAAGGGAUGGUUUCCGGGUCAGGGAUCUGCGCCAAGCGGGUGGUGGUGGAUGCUAGGCACCACAUGUUGGGGCGGCUGGCCUCCAUUUUGGCUAAGGAAUUGCUGAAUGGCCAGAAAGUUGUGGUGGUUAGAUGCGAGGAAAUUUGCCUUUCCGGUGGCUUAGUUCGUCAGAAAAUGAAAUACCAUAGGUUUCUCCGUAAGAGGAUGAACACCAAGCCUUCUCAUGGUCCCAUUCACUUCCGAGCUCCUUCUAAAAUCCUCUGGCGCACCAUUCGUGGCAUGAUUCCCCACAAGACAAAGCGAGGAGCAGCUGCACUCGCUCGUUUGAAGGUUUAUGAGGGGAUCCCACCACCAUAUGACAAGAUAAAGAGGAUGGUCAUCCCUGAUGCUCUCAAGGUUCUGAGGCUACAAGCUGGACACAAAUACUGUUUGUUGGGAAAGCUUUCGUCUGAGGUUGGAUGGAACCACUAUGAUACCAUCAGGGAGCUUGAGAAGAAGAGGAAAGAGCGAGCUCAGGUAGCAUAUCAGAGGAAGAAACAGUUAACACAACUGAGGAUUAAAGCUGAGAAGGCUGCUGAGGAAAAGCUUGGCCCCCAACUUGAAGUUAUUGCUCCUAUCAAGUACUAGAGAUAAUUUACCAGGAGUGACAAUUUUGUUGGAAAACGAUGAUUUAUUCGAUAUGUUUUUGUUAAAUACCAUCCCUACUCUGGGUGGUUUAUAUUUGGUGUUUCUUUGGAGAUUUUGCUAUAAAAUUUUCUAUUUAUUUUUGCAUGUUGAUUUUGCCCAGUUGUGUAGACUAUCACGUUGUGAAAUGAGAGAAGCUCAUGUUUUUUCUCAAA